AUGGCCGUCUUUACAUUCAGCAAGUCAGCGAAACAUAGUGUUGUGCACACUGGAGAGAAACCAUAUGAAUGUAGCACCUGUGGGAAAGCCUUCACUCAGUCAUCUUCUCGUGCCUCACAUGAGAGAAUACACACUGGAGAGAAACCCUAUGAAUGUCGUACCUGUGGAGAAGCCUUCACUUACUUAUCUCAGCGUGCCGCACACGAGAGAACACACACUGGAGAGAAGCCUUAUAAAUGUCGCACCUGUGGGAAAGCCUUCGCUGAUGCAUCUUCUCGUUCCUCACAUGAGAGAAUACACACUGGAGAGAAGCCCUAUGAAUGUCGCACCUGUGGAGAAGCCUUCACUUACUCAUCUCAACGUGCCACACAUGAGAGAACACACACUGGAGAGAAGCCCUAUGAAUGUCGCACCUGUGGGAAAGCCUUCACUCAUCCAUCUUCUCGUGCCUCACAUGAGAGAAUACACACUGGAGAGAAGCCCUAUGAAUGUCGCACCUGUGGGAAAGCCUUCACUCAGCCAUCUCCCCUUGCCACACAUGAGAGAAUACACACUGGAGAGAAGCCCUAUGAAUGUCGCACUUGUGGGAAAGCCUUCACUGUGCAAUCUUCUCGUGCCAAACAUGAGAGAAUACACACCGGAAAGAAGCCCUAUGAAUGUCGCACCUGUGGGAAAGCCUUCACUGUGCAAUCUUCUCUUGCCACACAUGAGAGAACACACACUGGAGAGAAGCCCUAUGAAUGUCGCACCUGUGGGAAAGCCUUCACUGUGCAAUCUUCUUGUGCCAAACAUGAGAGAAUACACACUGGAAAGAAGCCCUAUGAGUGUCGCACCUGUGGGAAAGCCUUCACUCAGCCUUCUCAACGUGCCACACAUGAGAGAAUACACACUGGGAAGAAGCCCUAUGAGUGUCACGUCUGUGGGAAAACCUUCCUUUUUCCAUCCUAUCGUGCGGCACAUGAGCGAACACACACUGGAGAGAAACCCUAUGAGUGUCACUUCUGUGGGAAAGCCUUCACUCAGCGAUCUUCUCGUGCCACACAUGAGAAAAUACACACUGGAGAGAAACCCUUUGAGUGUCACUUCUGUGGGAAAGCCUUCACUACAUCAUCUCAACUUACCAACAUGAGAGAAUACACCCUGGAGGGAAACCCUAUUAGUGUCACUUCUGUCAGCAUAGAGGAGCCCAGGCAUAAGUAG